CAGCGUCAGAAGCAGUACCACCGGCGAAACCCGAAAGAACGACAAGAAUCCGAUCGCUAAUGAAUGCGACGCGACCGAAAGAAUGAACCACGGUGCCGAUUGUUGGCUUUGAACUUGUUCUUUCUGACGUUCAAAUCAUCAUCGAGUCGUCCGCAGCCGGGUUCAAUGAAACUCUCUUCUUGAGCGGAAUCGGGUGCUCCAAGAACGAAAAUAACUAGUGUUAAAUAGACAUGGUUCCUCUUAGAUUUAGUGUGUUUGUUGUGGUGGUGUUUGUGUUUUGUUUUGAUUUUGGGAGUACAGAAUCAGCAGAAGAAUCAAGGCUCUUGGAGAUAUUCGGCAGACUAAAUAAUUUUGGGAACCACCCACCUCCAAAACAUGAUACACCAGCAUCGCCAUGUCAAUGUACUUGUGGUGAGAGAAACGACAACAGCAGAAUAGUGGGAGGAAAACCAACACAAGAAAACGAAUUUCCAUGGAUGGCCAGGCUGUCCUACUUCAACAGAUUCUAUUGUGGAGGAAUGUUGAUCAACGAUCGAUACGUUUUGACAGCUGCUCAUUGCGUUAAAGGGUUCAUGUGGUUUAUGAUCAAAGUGACAUUCGGCGAGCACGACAGAUGCAAUGACACCAAGCGACCGGAAUCCAGAUUCGUUCUGAGAGCUGAAGUUGGUGCUUUCAGCUUUCUGAACUUUGACAAUGAUAUAGCGUUACUGAGACUUAGUGACCGGGUGCCAAUUACUCAGCAUAUUAGGCCAAUAUGUUUGCCUAAAGUUAAAGAUCAUGAUUACGUUGGUCAAGUAGCUACAGCUGCCGGUUGGGGUACGUUAAAAGAAGAUGGAAAACCUUCCUGCAUAUUACAGGAAGUUAAUGUUCCAGUGAUAAGUAACGAAGAAUGUAGAAACACGAAUUAUUCGUCGAAAAUGAUUUCUGAUAAUAUGAUGUGCGCGGGAUAUCCUAAAACAGGACAAAAGGAUUCGUGUCAGGGCGACAGUGGUGGACCUCUUAUAGUUGAAAGGAAGGAUAAAAGAUAUGAAUUAAUUGGUGUGGUGUCAUGGGGUAACGGCUGUGCGAGACCUGGCUACCCAGGUGUAUAUACCAGAGUGACGAGGUACCUCGACUGGAUCUUGGACCAUGCGAAGGACGGUUGCUUCUGCCAAGACUGAUUGAUACUCAACAUGGUUGUGAUAAAUAUGAACAUACAUUAAUAAUCUAUUUAAAUUUCAGCCUUACGAACUAACAAAUUUAUUUAAAUAUAGUAUUUAAAUUAGUGCAAUCUAACAAUAAAAUUAGUCUUAAUAUUUGUUAGGGAAUUGUUUUCUUUUUGUUUAUUUAUUCAUCUAUAGUUGUUGUAACAGCU